AUGAGGAAAAUUGGCUGUGCUCUCCUGGUACUCCAAGCUCUUCUGGCGCCUUUGGAUCUUGUUCGUGGAGUGGAGAAAAGUUAUCCUAUCCUGAACAUUGCAGUGAUUCUGGGAAGGACCAAGUAUAUCACAGAGAGAGAUAUCAGAGGUCUCUGGACCAGGGAAAUGUCAGCAGACCUGACUGUUGAUGUCAAUGUGGUGACCCUUCUGGUGAACCAGACUGACCCUAAGAGCAUCAUAACGCAUGUUUGCGACUUGAUGUCUGGCACCAAGAUCCAUGGAGUGGUUUUUGGAGAUGAUACUGAUCAGGAGGCAGUAGCUCAGAUUUUGGAUUUUAUUUCAUCUCAGACUUCUAUUCCAAUUCUUGGAAUUCAUGGCGGGGCCUCCAUGAUAAUGGCAGAUAAGGAUGUGAUGUCCACGUUCUUCCAGUUUGGGGCUUCCAUCCAGCAAGAAGCCCUUGUCAUGUUGAAGAUCAUGCAGGAUUAUGACUGGCACGUGUUCUCUCUGGUGACCACCACCUUUCCUGGGUAUCGAGACUUCAUCAAUAUCAUUAAGACCACAGUGGAAAAUAGUUUUGUGGGCUGGGACAUGCAGAACGUCAUUGUACUUGAUACUGCCUUCGGAGAUGCCAAGACCCAAAUUCAGCUGAAGAAAAUUCAUUCAUCCGUCAUUCUGCUAUAUUGUUCCAAGGAUGAAGCUGUCUACAUACUGGAUGAGGCUCGUUCCCUGGGCCUUACUGGCUAUGAUUUCUUUUGGAUAGUUCCCAGCCUUGUUAGUGGUAACACAGAAAUCACUCCCAAGGAGUUUCCUUCAGGACUCAUUUCAGCAUCUUAUGAUGAAUGGGACUACAGUUUAGAAGCUCGGGUACGGGAUGGCCUUGGGAUUAUUGCGACUGCUGCAUCAGCCAUGCUGGAGAAAUACUCCUUCAUUCCUGAAGCAAGAACUAGCUGCUAUGGACAACCGGAGAAAAAUGACCGACCAUCUCAUUUUAUUCAUCCGUUUAUGAUGAAUGUGACUUGGGAAGGUAAAGAUUUGUCCUUCACAGCAGAUGGUUAUCAGGCACACCCCAGGCUGGUGGUGAUUGUGCUGAACAACGAUCGCGAAUGGGAAAAGGUGGGGAAAUGGGAGAACAACUCACUGAGCCUGAAGUACUCUGUCUGGCCAAGGUACAGCUCUUUUGCAGACAGCGACCCAGAUGAUAACCAUUUGAGUAUUGUCACCCUGGAGGAGGCUCCCUUUGUCAUUGUUGAGGAUGUGGAUCCUUUGAUGGAAAGUUGCCAAAAAAACACCGUGCCAUGUCGUAAAUUUGUCAAAAUUAACAACUCAACUAAUGAGGGAACUAAUGUAAAAAAGUGCUGCAAAGGAUUCUGCAUUGAUAUCUUGAAGAAGCUGUCUAAAACUGUCAAGUUCACAUAUGACCUGUAUUUGGUGACUAAUGGGAAACAUGGCAAAAAAGUCAAUAAUGUGUGGAAUGGAAUGAUUGGUGAAGUGGUAUAUCAUCGUGCAGUUAUGGCUGUGGGGUCUCUCACUAUUAAUGAAGAGCGCUCUGAAGUGGUUGACUUUUCAGUGCCAUUUGUUGAGACUGGGAUUAGUGUCAUGGUGUCACGGAGCAAUGGCACAGUUUCACCAUCUGCUUUUCUAGAGCCUUUUAGUGCUUCUGUCUGGGUGAUGAUGUUUGUGAUGCUUCUCAUUGUGUCCGCCAUGGCUGUCUUUAUAUUUGAAUACUUUAGUCCUGUAGGAUAUAACAGGAACUUAGCACAAGGGAGAGAUCCCCAUGGACCAUCCUUUACCAUUGGAAAGGCAGUGUGGUUACUCUGGGGUUUGGUAUUCAACAACUCUGUGCCUGUGCAAAACCCCAAAGGGACAACAAGUAAAAUCAUGGUGUCGGUUUGGGCUUUCUUUGCUGUCAUUUUCCUGGCUAGUUAUACUGCCAACUUAGCUGCAUUUAUGAUUCAAGAGGAAUUUGUUGACCAAGUGACUGGACUGAGUGAUAAAAAGUUUCAAAGGCCGUAUGAUUAUUCACCUCCUUUUCGAUUUGGAACAGUCCCAAAUGGAAGCACAGAGAGGAAUAUCAGAAACAACUACCCUGAUAUGCACCUUUACAUGACGAAGUAUAAUCAGAAAGGAGUUGAAGAUGCCUUGGUCAGCUUGAAAACUGGGAAGUUGGAUGCUUUCAUCUAUGAUGCAGCAGUGCUGAACUACAAGGCUGGAAGAGAUGAAGGCUGCAAACUUGUCACAAUAGGGAGUGGAUACAUCUUUGCCACUACGGGCUAUGGAAUAGCACUUCAGAAAGGAUCACCUUGGAAGAGACAAAUUGAUCUAGCCCUCCUUCAGUUUGUUGGAGAUGGGGAAAUGGAAGAGUUAGAAACCCUGUGGCUGACUGGUAUUUGCCACAACGAGAAGAAUGAAGUCAUGAGCAGCCAGCUGGACAUUGACAACAUGGCAGGAGUGUUUUACAUGCUUGCAGCAGCCAUGGCACUGAGUUUAAUAACCUUUGUCUGGGAACACUUAUUUUACUGGAAACUUAGAUUCUGCUUCACUGGAGUCUGCUCAGAUAGGCCAGGACUGUUGUUCUCAAUCAGCAGGGGUAUUUACAGCUGCAUUCAUGGAGUACACAUUGAAGAAAAAAAGAAGUCUCCUGACUUUACUUUGACCAAUUCCCAAACCAACAUGUUAAAACUGCUGCGCACAGCGAAAAAUAUGACCAAUAUCAAUCCUUCAAGAAUUAACUCCCCCAAAAGAACAGCUGAUUUUAUUCAGAGGGGUUCCUUGAUUAUGGAUAUGGUCAUAGAUAAGGGAAACAUGAUAUUUUCUGAUAACAGAUCCUUUCAAACAAAGGACAACUUUUUUGGUGAAAACCUGAGUGAACUGCAGACACUUCCGGGCAAUCGACACAAGGACAAUCUUAACAACUAUGUUUUCCAAGGUCAGCAUCCUCUCACACUGAAUGAGUCCAAUCCAAAUACAGUAGAGGUUGCAGUAACAACAGAAGCAAAAGUGAACUCCAGACCCAGGCAGCUUUGGAGGAAAUCAGUUGAAUCUUUACGUCAAGAAUCUGUACGUCAGAGCCAAGGUUCCCAGAGAGAAAAUGGGUCAGAUGAAAACAGGCAGCUUUCAGUGAAAAGCCAAAGAUACCUUCCUGAAGAGAUUGUCCAUUCAGAUGUAUCAGAGACAUCAAGCCGGGCUACUUGCCAUAUGGAACCUGAAAACAACAAGCACCACAAAACCAAGGACAAUUUUAAAAAAAGGACAGUAGCAUCAAAAUACCCAAAAGACUGUAGUGAAGUGGAACUGACAUAUCUGAAAACCAAACAGAGCUCUCCACGGGAUAAAAUCUACACAAUUGAUGCUGACAAGGAGCCAGGAUUCCGCUUGGACACACCUCAGUACAUUGAAAACCUUGUCCUUCCAGAAACUAUAGAGUUUCCUGAUGUUUAUCAAGAUCACAAUGACAACUAUAGGAAAGCAGAACAUGCUAACAGGACUCCCUUGCAUAAUGAAGACAGUCUUCCAAAUAAUGACCAGUAUAAACUUUAUGCAAAGCACUACACUUUAAAAGAUAAAAAUGCUUCCCUAGUUGACAUGAACGAUAGAUACAGACAGAAUUCCACCCACUGCAGGAGCUGUCUUUCCAAUUUGCCCACUUAUGCGGGACACUAUUCAAGCAGAUCUCCCUAUAAAUGUGACGCAUGCUUGCGGAUGGGGAACCUCUAUGAUAUUGAAGAAGAUCAGAUGCUGCAGGACACAACGAACUUAUCACUUCCUGAAGAAAUAUAUGAGCGUAGUUGGUCACAAAAUAAUGCUCUGCAAUAUCAUAAAAAAAAUAAGUUGAGGAUUAGCAGGCAACAUUCUUUUGAUAAUAUCGCUGAUAAAUCCAGGGAAAUUGAUAUUGGAAGACCUUCUCGUAGUAUAAGCUUGAAAGAAAGAGAGAAAUUUCUACAAAGUAGUCCAUAUGCAAGCAUGUUUAGUGUUCCCUCAAGCAAACUGUUGAGCAACAAGGCCUCACUUUUAACUCAUGCUCUAGAGGACAGUAAGCGGAGCAAGUCCCUGUAUCCCAUUCACUCAGAUGAUAAUCCCUUCCUGCACUCCUAUCAUGAUGACCAGCACUUAUCUCUUAGGCGAAGUCCAGCUGAUCUUUACAAACUUUCAUUGCCAACAAGAGGAAGAAAUGAUAAUUAUUUAAGGUCAUCCAUAAAGUCUACAGCAUCAUACUGUUCCAGGGAUGGUCGGAUCCAUAAUGACAUGUACAUUUCAGAGCAUGUUUUGCCUUACGUUGCAAAUAGGAAUAGCUUGUACUCAACUCCAAGGGUUUUAAAUUCCUGUAGCAAUAGACGUGUGCAUAAGAAAAUGCCUAGCAUUGAAUCAGAUGUUUAA